CACCUCGGCGUUUAGUCCGAGCGAAGCGUCGCGACGGUGCGCGUCCACCGCUUUUCGUGCGAUGGUAUUUUUAGUUUGGACGAGCAAGCACGGGACUAAGGGAAUGCCAAAUGUACUCUUCGGGCUUAUCUUACAGUCGGUAUCGGCCGACUUACCACAACGACGAUGGUGAUCGUUAUACCCAUCACACGAGUUCGAGUAGUUCGAAACCCACCACGGAUUACUCGUGGUUGGGCCCGAGUAGUUACAGACCCACUACCACAACGAAAAGUUACCAAACUGGUGCGAGCAAACGACCAACGGAAGCGCCCUCGAGGCUGACUAGUACUACUUCAAGUACUAGCUCGGAUUCAGUGACUAGAAGGCCGCGAUAUACGCGAUCGUCUACUCAUAGUGUAGCUCAAUUACUAAGCGAUUCUUGUUCGAGCUUGUUGCAAAAAAUUACGACCAAAGUCCGAGGUCCUUCUGCGACGGUUGAAAGGCAGUUGCAGAACAACUCUAGCAUCGGCAGUAACAGUAUUUCGAGCAGCAAUCUCAGUUUCCAUCACCCUAACCCUUUGACUACCAGUAAAAGUAGUACUGUAGUUCCUAAUUAUGGCGCCAACAAAACUCGUGCCGAUGACAAAUACGUGUCCGUUUUGGAUCGAAUUUACGGAAGAAGAAAAGAUUCGGAUCGAAAGACCGAAUCUUCGGUGGGCCGAGCUUUAUCCAAGAGCAGCACCACGGCGAAUGUAUUCCAGUUGAGUGAGAAAGCGUACCCUUACGUGAACAGUAACGGAAGUAGUAGUGUAGUGAGCCGCGAAAAGACUCCCUUCCGUAACGAACCGAAAGUCCAUCCCACCAUCUAUCCGGAACCGGCCUAUUCCUACCUCGACCGAGAUUCGGUUUAUCGGCUGAGACACCGGUCCAAUCAUUCCGAAUUGCGACCUAGACGGUCCUCUAAACCUCACAGGAUAGGAAAGAGCGAAUAUAACGAUCGAAAAUCAUCUACUACAACGAAUCUGAAGUUGUGCGCAGUCGAAAUCCCUUUAGCCAGCGAUGUUGUGGUACCUUCCGAGCCGUCAAAAACGUCCGUUGAGGACGAUGACGCGACACCAACUCCGGCCGUUCCCGAUCCCGCGGCGGAUCGCGAAGCCAAAAGGAAAGAGAUCCAGAGCCUGAUCAUGAAAUACUCGGCCUUGGACGAGGCCUACAAUAAGGCGAGCGCCGUGACCGCCUCCGCCGCCGCCCCCGAACCCCCCAGCGUGGCGGCGGCCAUCGCCAAGAAGUACUACCCCAAAACGACGGCGUUGGCGGCUAGCUCUCGAGGGUCCUCUUUGGAAGAUGACGAUGAAGGCCACCUAAUUUACCGAUCAGGAGACAUCCUACAAGAUCGAUAUAAAAUUGUUGGCACUCUGGGCGAAGGAACGUUUGGCAAAGUAGUGAAAGUCAAAGAUAUGGAAAUGGAUCAUUCCAUGGCAUUGAAGAUAAUAAAGAAUGUCGAAAAAUAUAGAGAGGCAGCUAAACUGGAAAUCAACGUUUUAGAGAAAUUAGCUGACAAAGAUCCAGAUAGUGUACAUUUAUGUGUCAAAAUGUUGGACUGGUUUGAUUACAACGGCCAUAUGUGUAUCGCUUUUGAGAUGCUAGGGUUGAGUGUCUUCGAUUUUUUGAAGGAUAACAACUACCAGCCCUAUCCGUUGGAUCAAGUAAGGCACAUCAGCUAUCAGUUAUGCUACUCAGUUAAAUUCCUACAUGAUAACAAACUGACGCAUACCGAUUUGAAGCCAGAAAAUAUACUUUUCGUCGAUUCUGAUUAUGAAUUGGUGCACAAUUCAAAGAGGGAAUCAAAGCGUCGAGAAAUCAAACGGGUGAAAAGGACUGACGUUAAGCUAAUAGAUUUUGGCAGUGCAACAUUUGAUCAUGAACAUCACAGUACUAUUGUUUCAACGAGACACUAUAGAGCACCAGAAGUAAUAUUAGAAUUAGGAUGGGCUCAACCAUGUGAUGUCUGGUCAAUUGGUUGUAUACUGUUUGAACUCUACCUUGGUAUUACAGUAUUUCAAACUCACGACAAUAGAGAACAUUUGGCUAUGAUGCAACGUAUAUUGGGAGAAAUACCUGGACGAAUGGCAAGAAAGACUAAAACCAAAUAUUUUUACAAGGGAAAAUUAGACUGGGAUGAAAAAAGCUCUGCUGGACGAUAUGUGAGGGAUAAUUGCAAACCUUUAUUGCGAUACAAGCAGUCUGACGACCCAGAUCACAACUAUUUAUUUGACCUGAUCUUCAAAAUGCUAGAAUACGAGCCUUCUGAAAGAAUCACUUUAAAAGAAGCUAUGAAUCAUCCGUUCUUCGACAAGAUACCUGCUCACCAACGGCUGGGCGAUCAUGGAGCCAGUGGAGACGCACGCCGCGAUAGGAGUCUUUCUCUAUCCCGAUGAAUAUACAAUCAAUAAUUGGUUAUUAUAACUUCUUGCUACUAUCAUUUCAGACUCGCGAAUCGAGUCUAGAAAUGCCAAUCUGAUUAAUUCAAUUUAGGUUUUGUGUUACACAGUUUAGUUUCUAAAUUAUAUAAGAAUAAUCACACUUUUUCCAGAAAUUUUAAGUAUAUUUUUAUAUAGUUGUUUAGUUUGAAACCUAAAUUUUUGAAAAUGUUCAAGUAAUUUAAAUUACUAUUAACUGUAAAUUAUAUCAAUUUUUAAUGUCUUUGUAAUUACAGUUUUUAAUUUUAGUAAAAUUAGUGGGUAGAGUUAAAUACAAUGAAUAUCUUGUAAAUUAUGAUGUAAAAAUGUAUUUUUUAUCCAAUAUUAAAAUUUUUCAAUUUUAACUCUUAAGUCUACUGACUUAUGGCUGAUGUUCGCACAUCCUUUUAAUUGUAGAGGUAGAUCUUUAUGGUAAGGUUAAAUUAUAUGUAAUCGUCUACAUGCAAAUUGGUAUGUACAUACUGGCGUAUGUAAAUAAAAUAAUUUUUAA